AUGUCUGACUCAGAUGGCGACUACACUGCCGAUGAUCUUGGUGAUGAGGUGAAAGGUUCACAGCGUACUGCACGAUAUGGUACGCGUGCCGUGGGACCUACUCCGGCAAGAAAUCCCGUUGGGCAGCCAGGCAAAGGUGAUACGGGUGAAGGGAACAGGCCAAGUCGAAAACGUGCCGCUUGGGAAGACAUUCAGCGAAGCUGGGAUACGGUUGUGGAAGGUGCAGAUGGAAGUAUUGACUCUGCGGUAGAAGGGCUACGAGAGGCAGGAAUGAGACAGAGAUUGUUGCGAGAUACGACUCCGCUACAACGGGGAAUAAUUCGUCAUCUUAUUUUAAUUCUUGACCUAUCCUUUGCUAUGGUAGAAAAAGAUCUUCGACCAUCACGAUACCUGCUCAUGAUCCGUUAUGCCUCGGAGUUUGUCAUUGCCUACUACGAACAGAAUCCCAUCUCACAACUUGGAAUUAUCGGCAUGCGGGAUGGGCUGGCCGUGCGGAUUAGCGAUGUGACCGGUAAUCCCGUCGAGCAUCUCGAAAAGCUCAAGAAUCUCCGGUCCAAAGAUCCGCUGGGCAAUCCCAGCUUACAGAAUGCCCUCGAAAUGAGUCGAGCAGCGCUUUUCCAUGCGCCAUCGCAUGGAACCCGGGAGAUAUUAAUUGUAUUUGGGGCCUUGCUUUCCAGCGAUCCGGGAGAUAUCCAUGACACAAUUGAUUCCCUCAUCACAGACCGCAUUCGUGUCUCUGUAAUUGGUCUUGCUGCAACGCUCGCCAUUUGCACCAAGAUCUGUGCCAAGACAAACGAAGGCCAUGAUGGUCAUUAUAAUGUUGCCCUCAAUGAGCAACACUUUCGCGAACUCAUAAUGACCCUCACCACCCCACCAAUCACACGUACACAGCGGCAGUCUCAAGCAAGCCUCCUUAUGAUGGGUUUUCCUUCUCGUAUUUCGACUGCUGCUAAAACCCCGACAUUUUGCGCCUGUCACAGCAAGCUUACCCAACACGGCUAUCUAUGUUCGCGGUGCGAGAGUAAAGUAUGCAGCCUCCCUGCGGAGUGCCCAGCCUGUGGUCUGACUUUAAUUCUAUCCACUCAUCUCGCACGAUCCUGUCAUCAUCUCUUCCCAUUACGCAACUGGGUCGAGGUGCCAUGGUCAGAGGCUAACCGGACUAAAGAAUGCUUCGCUUGUCUCACCAAAUUCCCAGAGGUACCUCGUGUCAUGGAAACAAUACCAGAUGACGCUGGCGGCGUAUCGAAGGACAAGAAAGGCAUUAGUGAGAGCGGAAGGUAUCUGUGUGAGGCCUGUAACAACGUUUUUUGUAUUGACUGUGACGUCUUUUCGCAUGAGACGACGCACAACUGUCCAGGAUGUCAAUCGAGCCAUGCUAAAUGA